AUGAAGUCUUCAUUUCUCUUCGUCCUUCUCCUGUCCGCCUUCGCCCUCACCGUGAGCGCGCAAUGUGGCCGCACCUGCCGGUUCCGUUUCUGCCGCGCCGACGGCUCUGACCCCCCGAGCCUGCGCCCCAAGGGCGCGAGGAUUCUGCUCCGCGGGCCGGACUCGUCCCGCACCGGCUUCAUCUGCCGCAGCUUCCCGAACGGCCGCACGCUCGGUACGAUUAAGAGAACGGGCGCGGCGAUCCUGGAGAACAAGGGAAACGUCGCCAUCAACAGAUGGAGACCGACUGGGCUCUCCCCUCGCUUUCCUAGGAACCACUUCCGCCUCUACAACAUCCCUUUGCAACUGGACGAAUCCGCCUGGGACGGCGUCCCAGCCGCGGGAACCAAGAGGACUUCCUCGACGAUCUUUGCGUGCGUCUGCCCAUCACCAACUACGACAUCGUCAACAACGACGGCUCCGUGUUCCGCACGAUUGCAUCGUCGAACCCGAGGGAUUGCAUCUCGUUCCGAACGGUCAACCGGCCGGUGCUCGUGGAAGUGGCGUGGGAUUCUUCCGACGACUUCGACCUCUCCGUGGAAGGACCGCCGGGGUCUAAUGGGUUCCGAAUCAACGACAAUUUGGUGGCCGCGUGCGGUGGCCCGCCCGCCGGGAAGGAAACUGUGACGUUUACCACUAAGGUUUCGGGGACGUACACGAUCAAAUUAUUCCACUUUAACAACUGCUUCAACGCGCGCACGCGGUGGAGAGUAAAUGCGAUCGUGGAGGGAGUCAGGGUGCUGCAGAGAAGUGGUCGCUCGAAUGUGGAUGGCAGGGAGGUUCUUGAGAUCACUUUCACCAUCCCGUAAGGAGGCGUACCGAAUUGGUAACUGUAAGUAGAUUCCCCUUCAACCGUGGCUGUCACGACAUCUACCAGGGUAGCAAAGACGCGCGCGUCAGCGGAGUGGUGUCUUGGCAGGAAUGCUUCUGGGAUUGCUCCAGCAGGUGUUUUUAGAAGAUAUAGGGAUAGCCACGAAAUAAAAUGCUUGUCGCGAAGAUUCCUGAUCACAAGAGUUGUCUGCGGAGGGUAGAGCGUGUCUCUAAGACACAACUAAGAUUAGUUGGCAGAGAUGCUUCCUGUACGGAAGACACGGAGUUGAAAGAGCCUGUAACUGCGUACCGUAAAGACAGAUCAGGGUGCUAACCAGAAAGCACCAAGAGCUGUGA